GUGGCCUCGCUGUCGCCGGCCAGCGGCGGCGGCGACACGCCGCCAGCCGCGGCCCGGGAGGACACGGUGCUUCUCUUCACAGUGGGCGACUGCGAGGAGGCCGAGCCGGCGCGGCUGGAGGACGAGUACGCGCUGGGGUGCAGGGUCGGCGAGGGCGCCUUCGGCCAGGUCUACGCCUGCAUCCGCCGCUGCGACGGCCACGAGCUCGCCGCCAAGGUGGUGCACACUGACCGCCUGAGCGAGCUCUCGCUGGCCCAGGCCUGA